AUGCCUGGCCCUAUAGAUGAUAGCGGAAUUGAGAUCGUGGGCUCUUUGAAGGGCCUGACGAACCUGGAGACGCUGAUCCUCGUCGGUUCAGGAUUCCGCUUUGGAAAGUCUGAGGAUAAGAAGACGGUCGAGACAUGUCUUGUCGACCUUCUGCCACCGUCAAUCCGCAGCGUCAGCAUUGAUUCGGAUCAUAUGAGCAUCAUCCAUGAACCGAUUAUCGCGCUGGGUGAAGCGGUCAAGCAGGGCUCAUUUCCAAUGCUGAGGGAGGUCCGAUGCUAUAAUUGGUUGUAUGAGCAUUUGGAGGCUUACGUGCUUGAGAAGAUUUCAGGCUCAUCUAUAACUCCAGAGGAGUUGGAGGAUUUCUGGGAAAGUAGCUCAUGCCGUCCACUAUCGCGGCUGAGCAGGACAUGUAAUGUAUCGUUCAGUGGAACGAACAAGAGGCUUUUUGAACGUGAUGCUGGGAGGCUGGAAAGAAGUUAG